UUGAAGCUGGCUGGAUUUAUUGGAACGAAUUGCAUCCUCUUUGCUGCCAAGACCUAAAGCAUUUUUACCGGGAUGCUUGGUUAGUGGUUUCCAAUUUGGUUAGUGGUUUCCAAUUCUAUGAUACCGGUUUGAAUUUGAUUUUUAGGUAUCAUGCCCUCUCGGUAUCACAGUCGGGGAUCCCAAUUUGGUUAAUUCGUUUACAGCGAUUACCCAAAAAAAAAAAAAAAGAAAAUCUUCUACGUCAAAAAAUCCAUUUAAAUUCUCAUAAACAAGGAGGGAGGGAGGACCGGAAGAGAGAGACUCAGAGAUGGCUGUUGCUAAUGCAUGGGGCGUGCGAAACACAGCCCCGCUAUGCCAAUUCAGACACUCUUGCCUUGAUUCUUUUGCGAAAAAAGGGUGUAAUCCCAUCUUCGUGGGUUUCAGGCUCGACAAAUCUAUUUGGAGAAGUGGCCGGAAUCUCAGUCUUUCUUGUCGGUGCAGCAACUCUUCCGACUGGGAUUGGAAUCGCUGGACUCGCCAUUUCUCAGAAAUUGAACAGGCCGAAAACCUUGCAUCGGUUCUCAAGUUUCAACUAGAAGAUGCAAUUGAGAAGGAAGACUUUCAGGAAGCUGCAAAACUGAAAACAGCUAUUGCAGAGGCAACAUCCAAGGAUGCUGUAUCUGAAAUUAUGUCCUAUCUAAAGAAUGCGAUUGAUGAAGAGCGUUAUCAUGAUGCAUCAGUGCUGUGCAAACUUACUGGAAGUGGGCUGGUAGGAUGGUGGGUCGGCUGUUCAAAGGAUUCUGAUGAUCCUUUUGGCAAGUUAGUACGAAUAACCCCUGGUGUGGGCAGAUUUGUAGCCAGGAGUUACAGUCCAAGGCAACUGGUUACUGCAUCUCCUGGGACACCAUUAUUUGAGAUAUUUGUUGUCAAAGAUGUCAAUGAGACAUAUAUUAUGCAGGUAGUGUACUUGAAGCGAGCUAAAGGAAGUUCAUCAAAGUUUACAUCGUCACCAUCAAAACCAACAGAUGGUCCAACCACUUUGGCCACUAACUCUUCUGUAGAAGAUACUACAGUGAAUGAAGAGGAUGAUGCAGAGAAACCUGAAGAUAAGAAUGCAAACAACGUUAAGGAUGCUAGUGAAGAAGGGAUAAAAAGUGUUAUAAAUUUUCUUAAAGACAAAAUUCCAGGAUUAAAAGUUAAGGUCAUGAACAUUAAUGUUCCAGAGGAGAGAGUAGGAGAUGAUAACACUGCAGAGCAGCUAAUGCAGGAGGACAAUGAGAAGGCAAGAUCAACUGGGAAUUCUGAGGACGAAGGUGAUCUAGAUGAUAUUCAUCGUGAGGGGGUUGCUCUGGGAGGAGAUACUAAUACAAGGGAUGAGGGAAGUGAUAUGGCCGCCAUGAAGCUUUUUAUUGGUGGGGUUUUACACAACAGUGAGGAUUCUCCUUCUAAAGAUGAAUAUGUGCGAUUGCCAGCGGAAAUAAAGGAUAUCGAAAAGGAUUCUUUUAUACUACAUGUCCCUCAGAGAGAUAAAGAUUCUGAUAUUGGAGAAAGUGAAGUGCCUAAGGUCAAAGUGGCAGCUAUUGCUGCUCAAGGUGUUUCUGAGCUCAUGCCUCCUGAUGUUGCCAAGGCAUUUUGGGGUGUUGAUAAGGUUCCUUCAAAGGUUUCUAGAGAUGUACGUGAGAUUGUAAAGCUUGCUGUAAGUCAGGCUCAGAAACGAAAUAGGCUAUCUGGGACUACAACUUUUACUCGGAUCACCACUUCCAGAGACAAUUUGGAUCCAUUUGAUGGUCUCUACGUUGGGGCCUUUGGCCCUUAUGGCACUGAGGUGGUACAGUUGAGGCGUAAAUUUGGCCAUUGGCAUAGUGUGGAUGACACAGACAACUGGUCAGAUGUGGAAUUUUUUGAGUAUGUUGAGGCAGUAAAGCUGACAGGGGAUUUAAAUGUUCCUGCUGGCCAGGUAACAUUCCGUGCAAAAAUUGGUAAAGGGAAUCGCGUUCCUAACCGUGGGAUGUAUCCAGAUGAACUGGGAGUGGUUUCUAGUUACAAAGGUCAAGGAAGAAUAGCAGAAUUUGGUUUUAAGAAUCCACAGUGGGUUGAUGGUGAACUACUCCAGCUUAGUGGCAAGGGCAUGGGACCAUAUGCCAGAGGGGCAGACCUUGGAUUCCUUUAUAUUAUUCCAGAGCAAAGCUUCCUUGUAUUGUUCAACCGGUUGAAGCUUCCGGAGUGAGCCAUGUAUCGUUGAUCAUCAGUUGUUUUGGCUUUUGAUAAAUGAGAGUCCAUUCAAGAAUGCAAUUUCCCCGUUUCAACAUUUUAGAUCAAAAGGGCAACUGUGUACAGAGGAGUUCUGAUCGGUAGUGUCUUUCGGAAGCGAGCUGUAUAAAGUACACAAAUUUGAGCUUAUGGCGCUGUUUCCAAUUAAUUGCCUGUACGAGGAUUUCUUUUCCUGAGGUGUGUAGUAUAUCAUCUUUGCGGCCUAUCAACCGGAAUGUUAGAGAGCUACUCUGUUUUCUAAAAUUAUAAAUGUAUGCGGUGAGAUAAUGCUAAUUUUUUACCA